UAUGAUGAUAUUGUAGAUAGUCGCAAAAGACCUUAGUGAAUCUGAAUUUGUAGAUAUCCUAUUGAAUUCAACCUAUAAAGCAGAACUGCUAAUUCGUAUUAGUGACGUUAAAUUUUUAUUCUAUAAAAGAAUAACUUUGAUUAUGAAUAUGGAAGCAUCGCUUAAUUUAAAUUUAUUCCUAGAAAAGAUGUGCCAUAAAAUGCUAGUUCUGGAGAUAGAUAGGUUCUAUUGAAAUAAAUUUUCUCCAUCCUGUUUAUAUUGAAGGGAAAAAAGUGAAUUUGGGAUAGGUUAAUAUCGCUUUAGAGGAUGAACCGUUUGAUAUGAAUUAUAGUUAAAGGUAAUUAUAAUUACAAUAAUUUAGGUAUAGGGUGUGGAACGGAACCACAAAUUUUGUAUAAUAAAAUUAAUAUGAAUAAAAUUUAGGAUACUUCGAAAUCACUUGUUAGAUUGAUUAUGAAAUAUAUUCUUUCUAUGGCAUAAAUUCUUGUAAAUUAUUAUUUAUGACAAGAAUAGUUUCUGAAAUUUAUUAUGAAAGAGAAGAGAUACAAACUUGUAUUCAGAUAAUGAACAAAGAAAUGAAUGAUUCGAAAUGCAAUUUUUUUAAUACUUUAAUCUUAGAGCAUUCUGCAGAAGUAUUAUAAAAAGUUCAUGCAAAAUUAAACCCAGAAAUUUAAGCUCCCAUUACCCUCCCAGAUUAAUAAUGUUAAUCAUUUUCAAAAGAUUCAAAGUUUGAAGGAAUAUGUACAAUAUCUUUUAUUUUAUUUUUUCAAUUAAUAUUAAGAAAUUGGAAUAACUAAUAAUUUCGUUAAUAAGUAAUUAUACGUAUAAGUUUUAGAUUUCAAUUGUCAGUUUUGAGUAUGUGAUAAAUUAUGACCACUACUUAGGUCUUCUUUAUUCAAAUAUUUAUUACAAGUCGGUAAAUUUAUAUAUUAGAAAUAAAGGAUUAAUUCUCCUUUUUGUUGUUCAUGUUGUUUUUGGGAUUAGUUUAUUCAUUAAAUCAUUAGAUGUUUCUUUAAAUAUUCGAAGAAUAAUUAAUAGACUAACAAAAAUAUAGAAAAAUUAAAAUAAUAGUCUUAAUUUUUUUCCUUAGUUGUAUCAUAUGUAUUUUUAUAAUUUAGAUUUCUUAAGUUUCUAUUUUUUUCCCCUAUUGGAAGAGUAUGAUAGUGGUUAUUCAUCGUUAUUGACAAUCGGUUUCAUUCUGAUUCCUUAAAUAAUACAUAAUUUUGGAUUAAGAACUAAUCCAAUAUUCAUACCAAAAUAAAUAUUUGGGUUUUUGUCUAUAAAAAUUGCAUCUUAUGUAUAAUAAUUUAAUAGUUUAAGUUAUAUUCAUUAGGACACUUAAAUAACAUUAGUUAAAGAGACAAUUAAUAUAUUGUUAUUCCCUUUUCUGUGUUCUUUGCGUAAUAAAUUUACUGUUUAUAUGAAAUACACGGAGCGGAUUUUUUUAAAAUAAUCCAAAAAGGUACAUUAUCAAAAAAAUAUCAUUAUUAUUAUGAAAAUGAAUCCUAAGAAUCUGAGGAAUGUGCAAUUUGCCUGUUAAAUUUAAAAAAUGAACCUGAUUACUCAUACUAAGAUUAAGAGGUUUUGUUGGGAAGUAAAUUAUUAAUGAUUACCCCAUGUGGACAUAAAUUUCAUUCUACUUGUCUAAUAAUCUGGAAUAAACUAUAAUUAACUUGCCCUUAUUGUCGGAAUAUAAUACCUCCAAUUAUUUAGUGA